CGGCCCCCCCUCCUCGUCCCCGGCGGCCGGGCCCCGCCUGCCCCCCCCGGCCCCGCCGCCCUCGGCCCGCCCGCCGGGCCCCGCGCGCAUCGGCUACUACGAGGUGGAGCGCACCAUCGGCAAGGGCAACUUCGCCGUCGUCAAGCUGGCCACGCACCUCGUCACGCGCGCCAAGGUUGCCAUAAAGAUCAUUGAUAAGACGCAGCUGGAUGAAGAGAACCUCAAGAAGAUCUUCAGAGAAGUUCAGAUUAUGAAGAUGCUCUGCCAUCCACACAUCAUCAGAUUGUAUCAGGUUAUGGAGACAGAACGGAUGAUUUAUCUGGUAACAGAAUAUGCCAGUGGAGGGGAAAUAUUUGAUCACUUGGUAGCCCAUGGACGAAUGGCUGAAAAAGAAGCCCGGAAGAAGUUCAAGCAGAUCGUAGCUGCCGUCCAUUUCUGCCACUGUCGGAAUAUUGUCCACAGAGACCUGAAGGCCGAGAAUCUGCUUCUGGAUGCAAAUCUGAACAUCAAAAUAGCAGAUUUUGGAUUCAGUAACAUCUUCACACCUGGUCAGCUGCUGAAGACCUGGUGUGGAAGUCCCCCUUAUGCUGCUCCGGAGCUCUUUGAAGGAAAGGAGUACGACGGACCGAAGGUGGACAUUUGGAGCCUUGGCGUGGUGCUCUACGUGCUGGUCUGCGGGGCCCUGCCUUUCGACGGGAGCACGCUGCAGAACCUGCGGGCAAGGGUGCUGAGCGGGAAGUUUCGCAUUCCGUUUUUCAUGUCCACAGAGUGUGAGCACCUGAUCCGCCACAUGCUGGUGCUGGACCCGAGCAGGCGGCUCUCCAUGGAGCAGAUCUGCAAACACAAGUGGAUGAAACUUGGCGAGGUGGAUGCGGAGUUUGACGUGCUCAUAGCGGAGUGUCAUCAUUUGAAGGUUGAGAGGCAGAUGGAACCCCUGAAUGAUGAGGUGCUGCUUGCCAUGGCAGAGAUGGGGCUGGACAAGGAGCGCACCCUCCAGUCCUUACAGACAGACGCCUACGAUCACUACAGUGCAAUCUACAGCUUGCUUUGUGACCGCCUGAAGAGGCACAAGAACUUGCGCAUUGGCACCCCGCCCAGCCUUCCACGGACCAUGACCUUCCCUGCACCGGCGAGCAUCCAGGCGGAGCAGGCAAGUAACACGGUGAGCAUCAACGUGCCACAGGUGCAGCUCAUCAACCCUGAGAACCAAGUAGUGGAGACGGAUGGCACAAUGAACCUGGACAGUGAUGAAGGCGAAGAGCCAUCCCCUGAAGCUCUGGUCCGCUACCUCUCCAUGAGAAGACACACGGUGGGAGUGGCAGACCCUCGGACGGAGGUGAUGGAGGAUCUGCAGAAGCUGCUGCCGGGUUUCCCACGCAUCACACCGCAGGCUGCCUUCUUGCAGGUGGCUCCAAACAUGAACAUGGCUGCCAAUAUGCUUCCCAUGCAGCACCUGCAACCCACUGGCCAGCUGGAAUACAAGGAGCAGUCCUUGCUGCAGCCUCCAACCCUGCAGCUGCUGAAUGGCAUGGGGCCUCUUGGGCGACGGGCGUCGGACGGAGGAGCCAACAUCCAGUUGCACGCACAGCAGCUCUUGAAGCGUCCUCGGGGCCCUUCUCCGCUUGUUACCAUGACACCAGCAGUGCCCGCCGUGACUCCCGUGGAUGAGGAGAGUUCAGAUGGGGAGCCAGAUCAGGAAGCCGUGCAGAGAUACUUGGCCAGUCGGUCAAAAAGGCACACUCUGGCCAUGACCAGCCCCAGCGCUGAAACCCCACCCGACUUGCAGAGGCAGCUAGGACAGCAGCCCUUCCGCUCCCGGGCGUCACACCUGGCACCUGAACAGCACCGCUACAUCUACAAGGAUUCCAACACCCUGCACCUUCCCACGGAGCGGUUCUCUCCAGUUCGCCGUUUCUCAGAUGGGGCAGCCAGCAUCCAGGCAUUCAAGGCCCAGCUGGAGAGGAUGGGCAACCACAGCAGCAUCAAACAGCUGCAGCAGGAGUGCGAGCAGCUCCAGAAGAUGUACGGGGGGCACAUGGACGAGAGGACCCUGGAGAAGACACAACAGCAACACUUCCUCUACCAGCAGGAGCAGCACCAGCAGAUCCUGCAGCAGCACCUUCAGGAUUGUGUCCGUCCUCCGCAGCCCUCGCCACCACUGCAAGCUCCGGGAGAAAACCAGCCAGCUCUUCUCACCCACCAGCUGCAGAGGUUAAGGAUCCAGCCGUCCAGCCCCCCUCCGACCCACCCCAGCAACCACCUGUUCAGGCAGACGGACAGCAGCCCCCCUCCCACCAGCAGCAGCCUCCUCCAGAGCCACAGUGCCGCCUCGCAGUCCCAGUUCCAAGGGAUGCCCUCUCACGGUGCCCUCUUCCAGCAGUCUGGCAAUUGCUCCCCUCCCCCCACCAUGGCUCUAUCCUGCCUGGGCAUGCCGCAGCCGGGCCAAGGGCAGCCAGUUGCCAUCCAAGUGCAGGAACCCGGAGACGUGCUCGCGGGCCAGCUCCAGAUGCACCACCGCGCCAGUCUGAUGGCCUCCCUGACUUACGGGCACCGGCCCCUUUCCAAGCAGCUCAGCACAGACAGUGCGGAGACACACAGGUAUUCCCCCUCUGGCUAUGACCAGGUGCACUUGCAUCCCCACCUGUUUUCGGAGCAGGCCCGAGUUUCUCCAAGCAACUACAACCCGGCCCCUACGGUGGGCUUCCCCCCGACGCAGUUGGAGCAGUUCCCCACCUUCCCCCAGAGCGCUCAUCAGCAGCACUACGCCACCUCCGCCCUGCAGCAGGCUCUGCUCUCCCCGACCCCACCGGACUACAGCCGGCACCAGCAAGUCCCGCACAUCCUGCGCGGCCUGCUGUCACCCCGGCACUCGCUCACAGGCCACGCGGACUUGCGGCUGCCUGCGGCAGAGGUUGCGCAGCUGAUCAAGAGGCGGCAGCAGCAGCAGCAGCAGCAGCAGCAAGAGGUUCAGGAGCUGAUGCGGCACAUGAGCCAAGGGGAGGCCGGGCAUGUGGCCGCCCACGGGCCCCAUAAACUCUCUGAGCACCAGUCCUUGUCUUUGCCUUAUCAGAAUACUGACACCUACCACCACCACCACCACCACCACCACCAUCAGCACCACCACACCAGCCCCCAGCACCUCUUGAAAGUGAGGGCCCAUGAAUGUAUCCAGCAGGUCCCAGCCUCCGUGCCGGCCCACGGGUAUGCCCCCCAGCCCACCCUAGUCCACUCGGAGAGCAUGGAGGAGGAGGCGGCGGAGGAGGAGGACUGUGUGUGCGAGGGGGACAGGGACUGUUUCCCCGACCAUCAGACCAAAGGUUGCCACGAGGCGUCGCUGCUCUUGGGCCUCAGUGGGCCCGGGGACCCUGGGUCCGUGCUUGGGACUGCUAAGCACGAGCAGGAGUUGGGGACUCACCUGUACAGCCACCACCCAGCUGCCGCCUUCAGUCGGAAUAAGGUGCCCUACAGAGACUCCAUGGUCACAAGUAGCAUGGAAAGAAACUCUCCAGGGGAAGCUGUGGAGAUGCCAGCUGUCGACGGGCCCGUAGCGUACGCUGCAAGACCGGUUUCUGGUGCCCCCCACAGAGCCCGGCCUCUGCAGAGACACCACACCAUACAGAACAGCGAUGAUGCCUAUGUGCAACUGGACACACUGCCGGGCAUGAGUCUCAUGGCGGGGAAGGCCUUGAGCUCUGCGCGCAUGUCGGACGCUGUGCUGGGCCAGUCGCCGCUCCACGACAGGGAGAGUGCAGAAUGUGGGGAGAACUUGGAGGGUGAAGAGCAGCCCAGUCUAGGAGACGGCAGCCAGCAUUUGAACACCUCUUGCUACCCCUCCACGUGUAUUACUGAUGUCCUGCUGAGUUACAAACACCCAGAGAUGCCCUUUGGGAUGGAGCAGGCUGGGGUCUAGAGAGCAGGCAGGCUACAGGAUGCGGACAGCUGUGCAACAAAAAGGUCCAUUUCAAAACGACAGUAUCUUGCAGCCUUGCACCAGACGGCC